CAAAACACAUCCCCAUACCAGCCACUAGGAAGAAAAUUAACUCUACCCUAGCCAAAACCAGCACACUAUAGUAUAAUAGUUUUUGCAGAACUUGGAGAUGAAUAAUGAAAUAGGCAAAAAAAAGUAAUGGACACAUAAUGCAUUUGCAGUCUUUGUUGUCUUUGUUUUUCAUCUAUAAUUUAACACAAAAUUUCUUAAUUUAUUUCAGGUAAUUUUAACAGAUCUUUUAUAGCAGUUUAAGUUCCCAUCUGCUAUCCUGCGAUUUUAAUUGCAUCUGUACUUUUGAGCUGAAGAUAUUACCAGUUUGUUGAAAGGAUAAUACAGUACCCAUAUCCAUUUAGCCCAUGCUUCCCUGAUGGUACUGAAACUCAAUGUGAAUCACGGUGUUUGUCUGUCUUGAGAGACUCAUUGUUCUGACAGGCUGGUAUUGAGGCUAGAAGACUCAGUUCACAGAGGUGGUGAAACAGCUACAGGCAACAAAGAGAAACAAGUUUGUUACGACUGAACUGCUUGUAAUUCUUUGAUCAAGAUUCUCAAUGAUACUAUGUGCCCUUAUAAAACAGACAGAACAACCUGCAAGCAAAGACUUUCCUCAAUGGAUAAGUAUCAAUUCACUUGAAACCAUGAUUUUCAUGUGUAACAAGCAGUAAUAAUGUGGAUAUGUUUUGUUUAACAGUUUGUAAAAUUUUUGUUCAUAGAGUAUUACAUCAGUAACAAAUUUAUUGUUUACUCAUAGACCAUGGUUAUGGUUGGGGAUUUCUUCAGCGCUAUGAUUAGAGGUGACUGAAUUAGUAGUAUGUUUCUCAUACAGUUUAUGAGACCAUGCAAUUCUGUGCAUUUUGCAUAGUUAAUGUUUGAGCUGAAAUCUUGAAGGGCAAGUAAUUUGAAAAAUUUCAGCACUACUGUAGGAAGUUUUUCUGUAUAUUCUUGUGUCUGUAUCCAUUUGCAUGGAGAAAUGUAUAACUACAAAAAAUCUGACAAUCUUGGAACGCUGCUUCCUAUUUCUGGGUGUCUUGAUUUAAAUAUUUAUGAUUUUGCGUGUGUGGCUUGUAUUUUUGGUUUGGUUUUUUUCCCUUGGAUAUCAGAAUUUCUGAGUAAGAGGUUGGGAACCAAAAGUAUUGCUGCUUUUCUUUAUUCCCCUGGAGACUGUAGCUUGCCUAUACAGUACUUUUAAUAGAAACUGCAUGUUCUGGGGUAGGGCAGGUAAUGACACAGAAUUGCUCUGUGGAAAUGGUAAAUAAUGUUGACCAGUUAGUAACUGGUACUUCCAGUUGUUCUUUUCCUAGUUUGCUUGGUUGAUUUCUUGUUUAAACAAUGGACUUCAGUGUUUAGUUUUUGCAUUUAUUAUAUUACAAACUGUGGGGAGCAGCUUGUUAAGUCAGGUUAGAAAGGCAGAGGUUGUCUGGAUUCUAGGCUUCUGAAGAAACUGGGUUUUUUUAUGUCUGCCCAGUCUCUGUUGAGGAUUUGAUAGUUGCUGUAACCAUGCAGUCAGGAAGAUUUGUAUGAUAAUGUCUCCUAAACAGCACGGCUGAUGGAAUAUGUUGCUGCAGUACUGAAAUGUGAUAGUACAGCUUUUAUUCCUCUUUUUACCUUUCAUUUUCAUUGGCAUAAUGCACUGUGAAAUCUAAUGUGAAACUUGGAAACAUACUAGAAAAGGAUACUCGGUGCAGAAGGAAUAAUGCAGUCAGAUAUGUGAAACUCUUCUGAGGAGGAGAAAAGAAGCAGAUUCAUUCCGAUGAAUUAGUUAAAUUAGGCUUUUUACAUUUUUCAGCCAGUGCUGGUGGCUGCAGCUGAGCCCUUCAGGCUCUGCUGGCUAUGAACAAUGGAGUUGCAGAUUUAUUUUUCCUUUUAAUCCCUCUUUAAAAAAAUGUUGAACCGAUGCCUGGCAUUUGUGAUAAUUUUAGCCCCUCCUACUGUGCCAGUUGAAACCACUCCCUACAUAACCAAAACAAAUCAAAUCAUUCCCUGUGAUUCUGAGAAUAUUUUACAUUUCAAUACAAGCUUUUGUGCACUGAACUACAUUUCAUACAGUCAGUACAUUUGAAAAAAAGGAAAGUAAUUUUUAGGAGAGAUAAGAAUGACUCAAACAGCACCUCAUUUUUAGAGCUCAGAAACACAGCAAAAUCAAUCUGGAAGCACUAACCUGCUUUAGUUUUAAAUGCUGAAAUAUAUAAUCUCCUAAUUGUUCUAGUAUUGAUUUGUUUUCCAUUAGAAAAUCCAAUAGGUAGAACAUUUAAAUUGUUGUUCAAACUAUAUCAGAUUAUAUAUUUCUGGAUUUAAAGCUUAUUAAUCUCAAAUCAUACCACAGACUUCAGAUCUGGUCUUUGAGUAGCUUGUUGUAGUGUUGAAUAAAUUUUAGCUCAGGAGUCAUUGUACUUAUAUGUGUUCCGGUUCUGUAUUUUUUAUUUCAACUGUGCCUUCUGUCAUGGCUUGGAUGACUUAUAUUUCCCACUGGUUUGAUGAAGAUGAUUGGUAUGGAGGACAACAAAGAGCAAAAAUGUCACAUGUUAAACAAGUGGGACUUUUAGCUGCUGGAUGUCAGCCAUGGAACAAGGAUAUAUGUGCUGCUAGUGGGGACAGAUUUGCCUACUGUGCUACCCUUGCUGUUUAUGUUUAUCAGCUGGAUCACCGAUACAAUGAAUUCAAGCUCCAUGCGAUUAUGUCUGAGCAUAAGAAGACAAUCACAGCCAUAUCUUGGUGUCCCCACAACCCUGAUGUGUUUGCAAGUGCCAGUGCAGAUAGUUUAGUGAUCAUUUGGAAUGUGAAUGAACAGAAAGUUGUGGCCAAGCUGGACAAUACAAAAGGAAUUCCUGCGUCACUUAGCUGGUGCUGGAAUGCAGGUGAUGCAGUUGCAUUUGUGUCCCACAGAGGUCCGUUGUAUAUUUGGACUAUCUCAGGACCGGACAGUGGGGUAACUGUACAUAGAGAAGCACACAGUUUCUUGUCAGAUAUCAGUCUGUUUAGAUGGCAUCCAAAGAAAAAAGGAAAGGUGGUAUUUGGACAUACUGAUGGAAGCCUAUCUAUUUUUCAACCAGGUUCAAAAAAUCAGAAACAUGUCUUAAGACCAGAAUCUCUUGAAGGAACAGAUGAAGAGGAUCCAGUUACAGCUCUGGAGUGGGACCCUUUGUCAACGGACUACCUUCUUGUUGCUAAUUUACAUAAUGGUAUUCGACUAGUUGAUUCUGAAUCUCUGUCCUGCAUCACAACUUUUAGUUUUCCCAAUGCAGCAGCAUCUGUUCAGUGUUUAGCCUGGGUUUCUAGUGCACCUGGAAUGUUUAUAACUGGAGAUUCUCAGGUUGGUGUGUUACGUGUUUGGAAUGUUUCACGUACAACACCUAUAGAUAAUUUUAAAUUGAAACAAACUGGUUUCCAUGGCUUGCAUGUGCUAAGUUCUCCUCCAAAGAAAAAGUCAUGUUCAUCAGAGUAUCCUACUAAAAAUCACCAUACAUCUUCAACAAGUGAGGCUGUUCCUCCUCCAACUUUAACCCAAAACCAAGCAUUUUCUCUUCCUCCUGGUCAUACCGUCUGUUGCUUCAUGGAUGGUGGAGUGGGGCUUUAUGACAUGGGAGCCAAAAAGUGGGAUUUCCUUAGAGAUUUGGGACAUGUUGAGACCAUCUUUGAUUGCAAAUUCAAACCUGAUAACCCUGAUCUUCUUGCUACAGCUUCAUUUGAUGGCACAAUAAAAGUUUGGGACAUAAAUACUUUAUCAGCGGUUUAUACAUCUCCUGGUAAUGAGGGGGUUAUUUAUUCCAUUUCUUGGGCUCCAGGAGAUCUGAACUGCAUAGCAGGUGGAACAUCCAGAAAUGGCGGCUUUAUCUGGGAUGUUCGAAAAGGCAAAAUUAUAACCAGAUUCAGUGAGCAUGGAAAGAAUGGAAUCUUCUGCAUUGCCUGGAGUCAUAAAGAUUCCAAAAGAAUAGCAACCUGCAGCAGUGAUGGAUUUUGUAUUAUUCGAACCAUUGAUGGCAAUGUUCUUCACAAGUACAAACACCCAGCUGCAGUGUUUGGCUGUGACUGGAGUCAAAACAACAAAGAUAUGAUAGCUACUGGUUGUGAGGAUAAAAACGUUCGUGUUUACUACUUGGCAACCAGCUCUGAUCAACCACUGAAAGUUUUUACUGGGCAUACUGCAAAGGUGUUUCAUGUACGGUGGUCUCCUCUCAGAGAAGGAAUCCUCUGCAGUGGCUCUGAUGACGGUACUGUUCGGAUAUGGGAUUAUACACAAGAUGCUUGUAUAAAUGUUCUUAGUGGACAUACAGCUCCAGUACGGGGACUUAUGUGGAAUCCUGAAAUUCCUUACCUUCUAAUAUCUGGCAGCUGGGACUAUACAAUUCGAGUCUGGGAUACAAGAGAUGGAACAUGUUUGGACACAAUUUAUGAUCAUGGUGCAGAUGUAUAUGGAUUAACAUGUCAUCCUAGUCGUCCAUUUACUAUGGCAUCCUGCUCUCGUGAUUCCACUGUGAGACUCUGGUCAUUGACGCCUCUUAUAAACCCUCUACAAAUAAAUAUCAUAACCGAUAGAUGUUGGGAUGAUAUUAUCGGCAAUCCAGAUCGCGCCGUGGAGCCUGGCACUCCUCCUUUGCUAUGUGGUAAAGUUUCCAGGGAUAUGAAACAAGAAUUGGAAAAAUUGUCAGGAAAUCCUCGGGGAAAAAAACUACGGUGGUUUUCAGAAUAUUUUUCACCUCCAGGAGGCAGCAAAAAUUUAUGGGAUUUGGUUGCUAUAAUAAAAGGACAGGAUGACAGUUUGCUUCCACAAAACUACUGCAAAGGAAUUAUGCAUAUGAAACACCUCAUUAGAUUUAGAAUGUCCAAGGCCCAAGAACUGACAACAGUAAAGAUGUCUAAGUUUGGAGGUGGUAUUGGUGCACCAAGCAAAGAAGAAAGACUCAAAGAAGCUGCAGAAAUACAUUUAAGAUUAGGACAAAUUCAGCGAUAUUGUGAGCUAAUGGUAGAACUUGGAGAGUGGGACAAAGCUCUCUCAGUUGCACCUGGUGUAUCAAUGAAAUAUUGGAGGAAGUUAAUGCAAAGGAGAGCUGAUCAGUUAAUUCAGGAAGAAAAUGAUGAUGUCAUCCCAUACUGUAUAGCUAUUGGCGAUGUGAGGAAACUGGUUUCUUUCUUUACUUCAAGAGGUCAGCUUAAAGAGGCUCUACUUGUUGCACAGGCAGCUUGUGAAGGAAAUAUACAGAUGUUACCACUCUCCACAACAAGCAGAACUUCAAAUUCUGGUGGAAACAAUACAGAUGAUUAUAAUGAUCUCCUGCAGAGGGUCAGUAAAGAACUGGCAGAUUUGUAUUUCCAGGAUGGCCGUGCAGUGCUUGCAGCAUGUUGUCAUCUGGCUGUUGAAAAUAUAGAGCUUGCGAUGGCAAAUCUGAUUCGUGGAAAUGAACUGGAGUUGGCAAUCAGUGUGGGUACUGUCUUAGGAGAAAGUGCAGCACAAGCAACACAUUAUGCCCUAGAACUACUAGCAAGAAAAUAUAUGGCAGUAAUGACAUGCUUCCCAUCACUUGGAUACAGGGAUUUAGCAGUUGAUCUUCUUAUGAUGAUUCCUGAUAAUAAACUGCAGUUAGUAAAACUAUGUGCUUUUUAUCCUGGAUGCAUAGCAGAAAUAAAUGACCUGCAUGAAAAGUGUAACCUUCCUGAUGUGGAAGAAUGUAUGCAACUGGCAGAGACAAUUCAUGCAGAUGGGGAUAUAUUUGAAACAAUAAAAUACUAUCUGUUAAGCACAGAACCUGAAAAGGCUCUCCCUAUUGGCAUUCAAUAUGUGAAAGAACAACUUUGUGGCUCAGAUUGGACUUUAGAUUCAGUCUUUCUGUAUCUUGAUCUUCUAAGUUACAUGCCGACUGAACAGUUAAUGUUGCCUAAGUGUAGUGAAUUUCGGAAUGAGUUGCUGAUUUUGUGUGGCUACGUUGGUGCUUUACUUGCUAUCAGAAGACAGUACAAUAGCAUUGUACCUGCACUGUAUGAGUACACAAGUCAGCUUUUAAAAAGACGGGAAGUAUCUGUACCUUUGAAAAUCGAACAGCUUUCUGAGGAAUUAGAUGCAUGGAGAGCUUGCACACAAUCAAACAAGCCUACGGAUGAGUUGCCAUGCACCCCACCGUCUGAAUCGCAGAGAGCACUGUACUCAGUACUCGUAUCGCGAAUUCAGGAGGAGCCUCUGAAGGGGAUGGUUGGGCCAGACUGUGUCACUGGAUCAAAUCUUCCUAGUCAUUCAGAUGUUCAUAUCUCUUGUUUGACAGGGCUAAAGAUCCAGGGUCCUGUGUUCUUUCUCGAAGAUGGAAAAUCUGCUAUUUCACUGAAUGAUGCUUUGAUGUGGGCCAAAGUGAAUCCUUUUUCACCAUUAGGAACAGGAAUACGACUUAACCCAUUUUGAUGAGGUGUUUCCUCUGUACUUUAUCGUGCUUAAAAUAACACUCUGGGGGUUAAUGCUGAUUUAACCUUGAUUGUCAAAGGACAGAAAGGUCGUAGUUGAUUCCUCCUGAAGGUCAAUUACUUGAACUUUGAAAAUUGUAAAAUGAGAACAAAAGGAUUUCUAUACAAAUGUUUGUUGAGAAUCCAAAGAAAAAAGUUAUUUGAUAAUCCAAAGAAAAAGUCCUAAUUUCAUAUAUAGCCAUGUCAUUUUUUUAAUAAGAAUAUUGUCAUCAGACAAUUAUUUUUGUCACCUCUGUGUGAAUAGAUGCUUUGUAAAGUAAGCAACUAUCUACACAUUACCAAAAUAUUGAUAACAAACCGUGAAACCCAUAAACACACUUCCAAAUAUAUAAUAUAAUAAUAGAAUUACUUUAUUGAUAGCAACUAUAACCUGUUUUUAGAAUGACUGAAAUAUUGUGGCUGUUUCACACUGUCCCCCUUUUUAAUUUGAACUAAUUUUACACACAGGGUUCUACAGCAAAAGUAAAAUUUAAAGAGUAGAUGUUUUUUUCAUCCACUUGCUAUUGUGCUUUAACAGCAGUAGAAAUAGAAGCUCACUUAUGUUUUGUUUAGAUUAUCUAUUUAUUAUCUAUUUAUUUAAAUUAUCUAGAUUACAAAAUUAUAUUUUCUAAUAGGAUCAUCUUUGGCAACAUUCCCCCUUAUACUUUCACUGGAGGCUAAAAACUCUUUAUAAACUUUUUUUUUUUUUUUAAAAAGGCUUUGUAAGGAACAAAUAGAAAAUUUAUUGAAAUUAUUUAACUAUGCUAUGUACAUUUAAAAUGCUUGUUUUCUUUUUACAUUUUGUAUUAGUUAUAAACAUGCAUAUAGUAUGACAGACCAGCAGUAAAUACUUGUGCAUAUAUAUUUUUAUUUACUAAAUCUACGCUCAAAUGGAAAAAUUGUUAUGGCAAUAGAAUACUAAAAAUAUUUAAACUUUAAAGCUGUGUAUAGUACAGAAUUUAAUUAUUAGGCAAAUAUUAUACUUAUUAUUCUUAUUAAUAAUUCUUAGAAUUGCUCACCUGUGGAAAAGAUGCCUUGGUUACAGUACUCUUUAUUAGCUUAAUUGAUGGCACAUAAGCAGAAAUCUGCUUUACCUGUUCUUACAUUUUUUGCUGCUGCUUUAAAAUAAAUUUUAAAAUUUAUUUAAAUUCCUGAUAGUUACAUGAAAUGAGGCUGCAAUUAAAAAUUGGCAGAAUUAUUUCUAUAGCAACUUGUAUAAAACUGGAAUUAGUAUCAGGUAUCUAUUUAGCAGAUCUUAUCAAACAAUCCUCAAUAUAGAGGUAAGCUAUGCCCUCAUUUAACUAUAGAAAUAACAAUGCCACCAUGCUGGAAAGGUGGAAUGGAGAUUAGAAAUUAAAAAUCCCGGUUGUUGUUUUUUUCCUCCCUCUUCAAAAUGGUAAAAUUUCAUUCUGGCAACGUUCUGGAGUAUUAUUGCAGGGUUUCUAGUGUAAGAAUAUAUUGGGCAGAGGGAAUGCUCAGCUGUUUUGCAACCUAAAACCCCAUUUUUGUACGUACGUGGGUGCUGGAACCUAAUGUUUUACUUUCUGCAGAUAUUCUUUGAAAAUGUUUUUCCUUUGUUUACUCCAUGGAGCUUGCAGAAGAAGAAUUCAGUUUCAGAAGUUAAAAUUCAUAGUUUUUGAUCAGUCAGCAUCUGAUCUUGCUUUUGUCAAAUGAAAGACCAUCUGUCUUUUAGCACAGAAAUCUUACAACCUGGUAUAUGAAAUUGUUGAUGCAGAGGUGGAGAGCAAAGGUAAGAACUGAACAUGCAGCCCCAUGACUGAUGAUUGGGAUCUAAAGCAUUGACUCAACUGCCAUUCUACUAUAUUUAAAAUCUUUUGUUGUAGUGUAAGGAUUUUUACUAAUAUUUCACAGUUAAAAUAUCUUACAAUAUGUAGUAUAACUGCAUCAAUGUGUUGCACAUAAAUUGUGCCUUAACAUGAAAUCUUGGGCAAAUGUACUCCCUCUUUAAAUUAUAGAGUGAGGUUUAAGAAUUCUUUCAUUACAAAAAUACAAAAACAAAGUCAAAGGUGUUUUUUAUACUGGGGAUCCAUCAGAUAAAAAUCAUUGUGAAUAACAUGAGGUUGCAUUUUCUUUAAAGUUUUGUACAGUGGUGAGUGAGGGGAAUAUGCAGAAAAGGUUGUCAUUGUAUCUGCUGUUACAGCUGUGGUUGCAACUGUCAACGGGUUCAAAAAUUAUUUUCAAAAAUAAUUUCAGAUUGUUUGCUAAUAUGUAGCUUCAUUGUCUAGUACAGCAAGUCAAAUACAGAUAUCUCCCCCUUAAUAUUAAAGAAUACUUUGUCUUCAAAA